GACAUUCUCCAUGGGAAUAUUUUCUAAUGCGCCCCUAAAUCAAUGGAGAAUCUGAAUCCAGUCCCUGGAGCCCCUCUCAAUAUAAUAUUAGCAAAUGAAAAUGAUAAGAAGAUUGUAAGUUUUCACUGGCUUUUGGUCUUCAUCUUCGCACCUCCCGAUCUCAGGGCAGCCAUGGAAAGUGAACCACUCUAGGGUUUUCCCAAAAAGAGAAUCCAAGUUUCUUGAAAGGUUGUCUGAGAUUUGAUUAAUGAAGUGGAAUCUAGGAAUUGAGAUUUCGGGGGUUUUAGGGUGUUUUUAGACAGUGGUCAUUGAUAAUGGAGGAGGUUGAAGAAGCUAAUAGAGCAGCUGUUGAGAGCUGCCACAGGGCUCUCAGCCAUUUAUCUCAAGCUCAAUAUAGGAAUAUGAUGGUUGAAACUGAUGAAGCUGUUUCCAAGUUUAGAAAGGUUACUUCUUUGCUUAGUAAUAGAGUUGGUCAUGCAAGAGCUAGAAGAUCAAAGAAAACCCACUCAUUCAAUCACAAAAUCUUUCUAGACAGUCCAAUAGUAUUUGCUAAACCUGCACAAAUCAUCCCAAGAACUCUUCUAAAAAUCUCGACCCCCGACUUUGGUUCAACUCCUAAAUCCCUCAACCAUCACGAAAUGUUUCUCGAGAACCCACAUCAUUUUCAUUAUCUCCAGCAGCAGCAGAACAGCUACCAGAGAAUUCAGCAGCGUCAGCAUCAGAUGAAGAUUCAAGCUGAGAUGUUCAAGAGGAGCAACAGUGGAAUCGAUCUUAAAUUUGACAACUCUAGUUGUACUCCAACUGUAUCAUCUACUAAGUCUUUUUUGUCAUCACUUAGCGUAGAGGGAAGCAAUGCAAGUUUUGAAGGUAUGCCAUUUCAAUUGAUCGGUGGCUCCAAUUCAUCUGAGCAUCCACGGAUGAAGAGGAGGUGCCAUGGUAGAGGAGAGGAUGGGAAUGGCAAAUGUGCAAUUAGUGGGAGGUGCCAUUGCUCAAAGAGGAGGAAGUUGAGAGUGAAGAGGACGAUCAAGGUGCCUGCAAUCAGUAACAAGCUUGCUGAUAUCCCUCCUGAUGAAUUCUCAUGGAGGAAGUAUGGACAGAAGCCAAUUAAAGGCUCUCCACAUCCAAGGGGAUACUAUAAAUGCAGCAGUAUGAGGGGAUGCUCUGCUCGAAAGCAUGUUGAAAGAUGUUUAGAAGACCCUUCGAUGCUCAUAGUCACAUACGAGGGCGAGCACAACCACACAAGGUUAUUAGCUCAGUCUUCAACCACAUAAAGAUCAAAGACUCGGUCAUCUCUCUAAUUUCAUCUACCUGAGAUCAAGAACUGCAGACAGCAGGGAGUUCUUUCAACACUUGUGGAUGUGGAGUCUAGAGAACAUGGAAGAAGAAGAAUCUCAAAGCUAGUUGUUGUGAGUGUGGAAAAAGCGUAGGAAAACCCUUUUGGUAGAAUUAAUCUUUUGGAAAUGUGGGCUGAAUUAAGUUGAUUUUCAAUCUUAUGCUCUUUCUUCCCAGUGUUGGAAAAUGAUCACUUUUUAAUUUUAUUUGCAUACAUUGCACAUAA